AUGACUUCCGACUUGCACCGGCCCUUCCUGCUCGUCAAAGGGUGUCGGGCACAGGGUAUAACCUCGGGUAUGAUCCUCCUCAGACGACAGGACACGACGUCCAUCUGGGGCCUCAACCUGAAGUCCGGUAGUCCCGGUCUCAGAACCGCUUGGGAGGGGGGCGGCAGUAACUCCCAUGGCAACCAGGGCCAAGAGGUGAAGAAGCUGUGA